CUUCUUCGGUACAUCCUCUAGCGAUACGGUCAAGCUUAUUACUCACUUUUCACCGCUUCCGACACUUGACCUUUUUUUCUCCACCGGUUUCUGAUCCUUUCACUACUCGUGUAGUUCAGGUCCUACAAGUCCCAUCAUGAUUGUCGCAAUAGCCGGGUCUGGCGAUAUGGCCAGAUAUGCCAGCGAAGAGCUCACUCGAGACGGCCACGACGUUGUCAUCCUAUCACGCAGCAACAGCAGCCAAAAACCUCACUUCAACCUCCCCGGCAUCCAACAAGUCAAAACAGACUACACGACCCCAUCCCUCUUGCAAAUCCUAAACGACACCAAAGCACGAGUUCUCAUCAGCUUCAUUACCGAUUACACUGCCUCCUUCAUCACCGUCCAUGAGAAUUUGAUCGAUGCUUGUUUGUGCAGUGUUCAUUGUAAACGCUUCAUCCCUUCCGAAUACGCCGGCAAUAUCGCAGAGUUUCCUGAAAGCCCAUCUUUCUACUAUCGCACCAGACAGCCUAUCCGCCAGAUCCUGCGUCGGCAAGAUCAAUUGGAAUGGACGCUUGUGUGCUGCGGCUGGCUCAUGGACUACAUCCUGCCUUCCAAAAACCGCCAUCUCAAAGACGCUGGCCCGGGCUUUCCUAUCGAUCUCGCGAACCAAAAUAUCAUUAUCCCCGGCACUGGCGACGAUGUAAUCUCUUUUCUCGCAGCAAGGGAUUUGGCAAGGGCGUUGAGUGUUUUGGUUUCUUCCCCGCUGGCUUGGGGUGAAUAUACUUAUAUCUGUGGGGAGACGGGGACGUUUAAUGAGCUUGUGGAGAUGGUGUUGCCUUAUUAUCCUCACCUGCAAUGCGAUGAGAUCACUUACAAGUCAGUCGAAGAAUUGGAGAUGAUAUUGCAAUCUUCACAACACGAAGAAGAGAAGAUUUUGGCGGAGUAUCAGUUGAGUAAUGUGGGGCCCUCUCUGUUGCUUCCGGAGGAAAAAGUGCAGGCGGAUAGACGGAGGUAUUUUGGUGGUGUGAUGUUUCGUGGGAUUGCAGAGUUGCUCGGGCAAGCUAGGGAUAAUCCGAAUGUUGUUGUGUGAAAGAGGAAGGGAGGAAGGAAGGAAGGGAAAAAGCUGUUUUCUUUUCUUUUUUCCCUUUCUUUUCUUUUUGAAUGCUUUGGAGGUUCUGGCUAGUAGCUUAUUUCUCGGAUGCGAACACACGCG